CCAAAAAAUGGUGAACUAAGUUUUAGUUUUCCUUUUACCGCCACCGAGAGGGGAAGGAAGUGGGUGCGAGUGUAAUUCUGGAAAUGGCUCUUCGAGGUGGCUUCCUGUGCCCUACAUAUCGGCUCCCAAAUCCAUUCUCUUUCACCAGCAGGAGCCGAGAUGCCGGCCGACGCUUUGCCGAGAGCGCCACGGCCGCCGUCGCCGGUCGUCGGAAGCGGCCACAGAACGUGGAGGGGGAAUUCUUUGUAGAUCACCUGUGCAUCGAUUGCGAUACCUGCCGUUGGAUGGCUCCGGAGGUUUUUACGCGGGUAGAUGACAUGUCUGCCGUGACCAGACAGCCGAGCUGCGAGGAAGAAAGGAUUAAAGCCCUCCAGGCAUUGCUUUCUUGUCCAACCAGCUCAAUACACACUGAGAGGCCCACCAACAAGAUUCUCGAAGUUCAGAAGAUGUUUCCUCUUCCAAUAGAUGAGCAGAACAUCCCUGGUGUCUAUCAUUGUGGUUAUCACUCUGAGAGAUCUUAUGGUGCAACUUCCUACUUUGUCACUCACCCUGAAGGGAACAUACUUGUUGAUAGCCCAAGAUUCACAGAGAGAUUAGCCUGCAACAUAGAGAUGCUUGGAGGCGUUCGCUACAUGUUUUUGACUCACAAGGAUGAUGUAGGAGAUCAUGAGAAGUGGAGCAAGAGGAUGCGAUGUGAAAGAAUUCUCCAUUCAGGCGAUGUUGAGAUUUCUACUGCUGAUGUAGAAAAUAAACUUUGUGGGGAAGGCCCCUGGGAUAUUGCAACUGAUCUUAAGCUCAUUUACACUCCAGGCCAUACUGAAGGUUCUGUUUGUUUGUACUACAAGCCACUGAAGGUGUUGUUCACCGGGGACCAUCUCUAUGGAUCAGAAGAAUCAGAUCUAGCAUUUUCUGUAAUAUACAACCAGCAAUCAGUGAGCUUGCAACUGAAGAGUAUCAGGAAACUGUUGGACUUUGACUUCGAGUGGAUCUUACCAGGUCAUGGCCGGAGGGUGACAUUUAGAGACAAUCAAGAGAAAAAUUCAGCUUUAGAAGCUUUCCUUGCCAGGCGAGAGAGAGAGGCCAUGGAUCCAAUAUUGAGGCAACUAAUCUCUAUUAUUGCCUACAAUAUGUUCCAGUUGAAUGAAGCAUGCAGCUCUGCCCCAUCUGCCAACAAGUUUCAUCUACUUGAGUUGUUUUGAUGCAUGACUUUAUCUAAACGCUUCAGCUUUGUAGCUUCCAAUCCUUCUUCAAUUUACUUAAAACUAAAUGUUAAUAUGUGGAAAUUAAAAUGUUUUUUUAUUGUAGAAUAAAUAUUAUAGUGCUUCAAUAACUUUGGUCAACAUUUGUUCCCAAUAUUUAUUCGUAAAAUUUACAUCGAUUGUUUAAUUA